UACCUUUUGUUGUUUCAUGCAUCAUCUCUUCAUUUCUUCUAUUCUUUACUUAAACAUCUCUCACUCAACAUAAAAUGCCAUGCCUCCAGUUGUUGCACUCACAACCAUCCUUACUACACAUUUGAAACCUUUAUCUGCAUCAAGUCAUUAACACAACUCCACAAGUAUUUGUGCAUAUAAGUCCAUUCAAAAUGGCACAUGACUCUGCCUCAGGCUCUGGCUCAAAAGCUGCAGGUGGAGGUGGAAUGGGUCAGCCUAGCAAUGGACCGGAAGGCCUUCGGGGAAGGAAGAAGAGCGCGACAUCCAGGGGGCACCACAGGUUUGUGGGAGUUAGACAAAGGCCCUCAGGAAGAUGGGUUGCAGAAAUCAAGGACUCACUUCAAAAGGUUAGGCUAUGGCUUGGCACUUUCGAUACUGCAGAGGAUGCUGCCCGGGCUUAUGAUGAUGCUGCACGGGCUCUUCGUGGUGCUAAUGCUAGAACCAACUUUGAGCACCCUCAAUCUUUGGCUCGGAACAGCUUGCCUGAGCAUGCUGAGCCGUUUUCUUUUGAGCAGGCCUGUGGGAAGCAUGAGGCCGAGGAAGGCCUACUUGGGGCGCUUAAGGCCAAGCUUUAUGAUGGGAAUAAUUUGCGUUCUUUAAUUUGCCCUCAGCUUAAUUCUACUACUUCAUUGCCUGCUUUGCAGCAGCAACAACAAUCUAGUCACGCUGUUGCAGUCUCACAGCAGAAGAAUCAUGUCGCGAAAAGAGAUCAUCAGUCUAUGUCUGCGCCUUUUGUGGGGACUCCUGCUAAGGCUACUGCAAAUAUUGGGAGUUCUCUGAAUCAGCUCAUGCUUCCCUCUGGCUUUGAACAGUCUCACAAACAAAUUGAUAAUAGCUUUCUCCCGAAUGGUCCGAUUGAUUUUAUGGCUAUUCAUGAGCAACAGUUUGGUGGAAUGAAGUGGCAGAACCAAGGUACAGAUAUAACAAGCGCGAUGGUGUGGCAGCAGCAAAGUAAUUACAUGCCUUGGCAAGCGGCAUCAGAUCUCAACAUGCAUAUUCCACAAGAUCAGAAUGCCUUCUUUGGUGAUUCUCCUACUUUGCCCUGGCAAUUUUCGGGGGCAAGUACUCAGUCCGCUAUGAUUGAUCAACAUAUGUCUCAUUACACUGAUAGUAAUUACUUCAAUAAUCAACUAUUAAAUGGUAACAAGAUGAAUGGUAAAAUGGAUAUGAUGUCUGAGUACAUUCCAGUCACAUAUGGUGUCGCGGAUCAAGUGGUCAACGAGGCAGAAUUGACUGUGUGCGGAGGAGUAUCAACGAUUUGGUCACCGGAUCAACAAUUCACCACUGGAUGGGCAACUAAUGGAAACGGUGGUGUUAAUGUAUCAAAUAAUUGGGAGCAAUUAUUAUAUGCAUCAUCUGUGUUGGGGUGACAUAUGUACCACAACUUGUAGUAUUCAUCCCUCAGCAGCAAUUAUAAUUAGAAGUUGUUUAAUUAACUAAUGACGAUCAAUGUUAACAUGACUCUUUCUUUCUGUUUCUCCAAAGGGAAAAA